AUGCCAUACACGGAAGAGAUGCGUGCGUCGUUCAAGCAAAGUACCGAGAAAGCAGUGGGGACGCUAGUCUUGGACGCAGACAUCCAACAACUGCCUCAGGACUUCACAUAUCGGGAAGCCUUCCUCCGCAUCAACUAUUGCAGCUGGUCUUCACGGAUGUGGACGCUCCAAGAAGCCGUCCUCACGCCGAGAGUCUUCUUCCAACUGCGUGACGGGUAUGUGGAGCUGGAGGAUGUCGUCAAGAGAUCCGCCACAGGCGAGGACUGUUCCAACGUACCCGUCAAACCACUUCUGGCAUACAUACACCUCAGGCAGUACCAUUGCGGCACAAACGAUGCCGCAUCUGCCGCGGGGAGUGCCGACCAUCUCGCAAUGCUUCGUCAAGCCCUGAAAGACCGCCGCACAAGCAAUCAAGCCGACAAGCGCUUGAUCGUGGCCAAUCUGCUCGGGAUGGAGGUCGCCAGCGUUCCGAAAUCUACUUUCAGACAGGUGCUGGGGCAGGAAGCGACAUCGGAAACUUGA